AAUGAAACUAGAGAUAAGCCAGCACGCAGGAGCCGAUUAAAACCGGCAAAAGGUCGACCGUACCACGUAGAUAGGUUUGCGAUUGUGAUUGCAAUCAGUCCAGUCAUAUUUGCUCACAAAACAGGUUCUUCGUAUAACGCCAAACUGUAUGUUGUGGGGUCUCAUAAAUCAUAACCAGAGCAUGUUUAUGCUUCGAGUAGUCUUUCGAUACAUAGCAUUUUUCAGUUCUGAAACGGUUAGCAGAAACUUGUUUUUUGCUUGUGGUGGGUAGUUAAAAGGGUUUGCAAGAGACUGUGAACUGCAUUCGCUCGUACUGAGGUGUAAAACAAUAAGUAUUCUUGGCAGAGUCACUUAUGUGAUACAGUCAUGGAGCGUUUGGAAAAUUGUAUUCGUCCGAGACAAAAUCUAAAAGAUCGUCAAAGCAUGCUAGAAACCGACGAGGAAUAUUGUGAAAGAUGGAUUACGAUCCGUAUCAUUUAUUUGAGUGGAUUUUUAAUGUUUUUACCCUUCGGCGUGGUGACAACAUCUCUUUGGCCCUAUUUGCAGGAGAUGGAUUCAACGAGUGGAAAAGCAUUUCUGAGUGUGCUAUUUGCUGCUCCACCUGCAGGUCAGCUGCUUUUCAGUCCAUUAAUCGGUUGGUGCUCAAAUCGAAUGUCUUCAGUGAGAAUCCUUUUCGUGUUGUUAACGGCUCUAUACAUAUUUUCCAACGCUCUAUACAGUGUCAUUGAACUAUUCUCCAUACCACAGCGAAAAUAUAUCAUACUGAUUGCUCGUUUUGGUUUCGGUGUAGCUACAUCUAUCAACACGAUUAGCCGGGCAUACAUUUCAGCUGCUACCAAAAUUUCCGAGCGUACAAAGACCAUUGCCAUUUGUUCUUUAUCACAGACAUUGGGGCUAUUAGUUGGACCAAUCCUUCAGUCAUUGUUUUCCUUACUGGGAAAGGAUGGUGUGGUACUUUGUGGAUUGCGCCUAAAUAUGUAUACAUCUGGCGGUUGGAUCUGUGCUUUAGGUGGAACAGUGUACUUAUUGCUUUUGAGUCCAUCAACAUUUGUGCACCGUACCAUAGCAUUCAAAGAAGCACUAAAACACAAAGGCAUUGGCAAAGGUGUAAUGGAAAAUAAUCAGUCGUUGCCAAUGUUUCCCAUUUGUAUGAUAAUCACUGGCUACGGGUUCCUCAUGUUCUUCUACGUAUCUUUCCAAACGACUAUUUCUCCCAUCGCUUUGGAUCAAUUUUCCUGGAGCCACGAAGAAUCACUAUACUAUCUCGGCAUGCUCCUGACGGUGGGAACAUUAUGCUCGUGUUUGAUAUAUCUGUUGCUACCUUAUUUAAGUAAAAAGUACCACGAACACAAUGUGCUUGUCUACUUUGCUAUUCUUCCAAUGUUUCUUAGUCAAGUGAUGAUGAUUCCGACAGGGCAGCAGAAAAUAGAAAUAACUGAUUCGGGGAGUGGCAAUAGCACUGCGACAUUAUUCGGAUGCACACAAGAGGGGUGGUGCAAUUCGGUUCCCACAAUCAGUCGUUACCAGUUGUCCAUUUCUUAUGGUAUGUUGUGUGUUUCGUUUUCGGUAGGAAUUGCAAUAACUCAGACAAUUCUUUCCAAACUACUUGGAGCUCGGCCACAGGGCCAUUGGAUGGCAUUAUAUACUAGUGUUGGAGGUAUAGCAAGAAUCAUUGGUCCGGGUACCAUGUUGGUUUACAUUAAAUACGGUCUGUAUUAUCUGUUUGGUUUAGGAUCGAUUGUCGCUGGAGUAAUGCUAAUUUGGAUCUGGUUUUACAGGGAAUUUUUACAUGCCCGUACAAAACUAGCUACAAAAGUACCCGAAGAACAAGAACUUGCUAAUUUUCAAUAA